AUGACGCAUAAUGAAAGUACAUCCAAUUUCAAAGACCUCAGUAAUCUUGAGUUUGGUGAAUCAACACAUGGUCUUGAGUCUGAUGAGCCGAUAUAUGAUCUUGAAUUUAAUAGACCAACGUAUGAUUCAGUAGUUGUUGUUCAAGAAAAUAAAGAUGUCGAAUUGGACUGUUCCAAAGAGAAGUUAUACAAAGGAAUGGUAUUUAAAAGUUGGGAAGAAGCAUUUGACAUGUUAGAACUAUAUUCUCAAUAUGAAGGGUUUAAGCUAAGAAAAGGACGUGUUGAAAAGACUUCUAAUGGAACUAUACGAAAAAGAACAAUGUUGUUGAAAGAAGAUAGUAGGCAAAUAAAUAAGCUUGAAGAAGUAGUUGCAGUAGUUCCAAAAAAGAGUAAGCGACAAGAUAAAGAUCAUAGUGAAAAUAAGGGUAAAAGGGCCAAACUUAACCAUGAUAGUGUGGCAAAAGCUUUGAAAAUGCAUAAAGAAGUGGUAGUCGAAAAACAAGACUAG